AUGCGUAGCACGUCAGUUAGGGCGGGCGCGGCGCCGAUUGGCUGGAUGCGGCGCGGGGGAGGGGCGGCGCUGUCUAGCCGGGGCGCGCGGCGGCGGGAGCCGCCGGAGGGGCGCUGGGAGCGGGCGGCGGCGGGGCAUGGCACGGCUAAUGGCGGCGGGAGGAGCCGCCGCCGCUCCGGCGCCGCCGCCGCUGCUGCCUCCUCCGGCCCCGCCCGCGUCAGAAUGAAUGAGUGGAUGGCGGAGCCCCGCAGCCGCACCAUGAGCGCGCCGGCCCGAGACACGCGCUCGCCCUGCUGUGCCUCGCCCGCCCUCCUGGCCGCCGCCAGCCGCCUCCCGCACUGCCGCCUUCCAGCGCCGCGCCGCCCUCGGAGCCCGCGCAGCGGCAGCGGCGGCACUCCGCUGAAGAGCAGCCCGGGCACGCUGCCGCCCCGCACGGCCCGAGAGCACACCGCCGCCUGCGCCCGCCCGGGCAGCCCCUCGCCGCCGCCGCCGCCGCUCCGCGGAGGAGGCGGGGAGAGCGGGGUUAGCGAUGACUUGGUGUCGCUGGAGCCCUUGUUCUUACCUGUGCCAGAAGGAGAUCUGUGCAACUGCAGCUCUGUGGGCAGCGUUGGUGUGUCCGAAUGCAACCGCACGACGGGGCAGUGCCGGUGCCUCGCCGGGUACGCGGGGCUGCGCUGCGAGAGCUGUGCCCACGGAUUCUACCUGGAGCAGGACACCCAGAGGUGCCAGCCCUGUGCCUGCAGCCCCACCGGCUCCAGCAGUGCCCAGUGUGACCACUCUGGGAAGUGCCAGUGUAAGGUGGGUGUCACGGCCCUGAAGUGUGACCAGUGCAGUGACGGAUAUUACAGGUUUAAUGAAACCACGUGUGAGCCCUGUCAGUGCAACAACCACUCCCAGACCUGCAACAGCUCAACAGGCACCUGCCUGAACUGCCAGGAGAACACCAAGGGGGACCACUGUGAGCUCUGCAAGGAGGGUUUCUACCGCAGCGCCCAUCCUGCCCACGCCUGCCAGCGCUGCCCCUGCUCCACCGUGGCAUCCACCGGCACCUGCCGCUUACAGCCUGGCGAGACCGUGCCGAGGUGUGACCAGUGUAGAACGGGCUACACGGGCCUCAACUGCAACCGGUGUGACAAGGGCUACUACAACUCCGACAGCAUCUGCGUCAGCUGCAACUGCCACGGGAACGUGGACCCGGCGCGUUCCCCCGGCGUGUGCCGGCCCGACAGCGGGGAGUGCAUCGGCUGCCUCUACCACACCGCCGGCUUCUACUGCGAGCGCUGCGAGGAGGGCUACACCAGGGACCCUGAGGGCAGCAACUGCACCAGGAAAGAAGCCACUCUUGGCCCAGAAACAAGGGAGUUUACAACUUCUGCUCCAAACACCACCAAGGCAACAUCAUUUUCCACGGCGGUGCUGAACAGUACAUUGUCCCCAACAACUCUACAGACGAUAUUCCCCGUCAGCUCCUCUGACAACAGCACCUCUGCCUUCGCAGACGUGUCGUGGACUCAGUUCAACAUCAUCAUCCUGACGGUGAUCAUCAUCGUGGUGGUCCUGCUGAUGGGCUUUGUGGGCGCCGUCUACAUGUACCGUGAGUAUCAGAACCGAAAACUGAACGCUCCUUUUUGGACCAUUGAGCUCAAGGAGGACAACAUCAGCUUCAGCAGCUACCACGACAGCAUUCCCAACGCCGACGUGUCGGGGCUGCUGGAGGACGACGGGAAUGAAGUGGCACCGAACGGACAGCUAACGCUGACGACUCCCAUGCAUAAUUAUAAAGCUUAGGAGCGAUCCAGCUAUUCCAAAGUUGGCUUCAAAAAGCUACAGGGCUUGUGGAAGGGGUGUCAGGAUCCGUGCCAAGGCUCCACGCAGAGGAAUUUGCUCUUCAGAUACUCUGAUGCUGGGCGUGCUGUAGCUUGCAGGUGAACAGAAGGCAGUGUAGUACAUCCGAAUUCCAGGUAACGUGGUGAAAUGCAUUCAGUGUCCUGUUCUCCAUAAAGAUCCACAGAAUUCACUGUUGUUAAACACUUGAUUGUGCUGGUCUGAAACAUUUUGUUAUGAAGUGGUGGUGGGGUGGACAGAGCAGAACCCCGGUGAGGGAUCAGAAGCUACUUCGUUUCCAGCCAACCCAACACUUGUGUCUGCAUCCUUUAGUUUGAGAAGUAGCUCAUGAAGUAACAGUGGAAUUUCAGGAAACAAACCUUUUAGAAAGGCAUCAUUUUAGUUCCUGAUAGAAAUUUGUUUGAAAGGAGGACAAAAAAAAGGGAAAUAAUUGUUCACUGUGCUACUAAAAGGCAAGUAGAGGAGUGAGUUGCACACUUGAAAAAAAGUCACCGUUAUCUGUUUCCACUAAGCAGGGAAACAGGAUAAAAAUCAUGAGAACAUUUAAAUUAGGGAAGAGACUAAGCUUUUCCCUUUCUGAGUAUUUAUACAGGGUGAUGAUGCUAUUAAAGCAUAGCAAUCCAGUUUUUUCUAGAAGGAGUUAAUGAACUUGUAUAGUUUCUGUGCAAGGGAAGACGACAAGACAUCUCAGGGUUGCCGUGUAAAAAUAAAAGCCAGGCUUAAUACCCUACCCUGAUAGAAAUGGUGUGUUCUGUAUAUAAAAUGUAAUAUAUCUUCUUGGAAUUGUAUUUGUAAUUAUUUGUAAAAAAGACAACCAAGCAACCAAAAAAAAAAACCCC